AUGGCUUUUUUGGGAAUUCUUCUACUUGGGUUUCUCUCAGUUGUCUCCUCUGUCAAUGGGUACUAUGGGGGCUGGUCCAAUGCUCAUGCAACCUUUUAUGGUGGUGGUGAUGCUUCAGGCACAAUGGGUGGGGCUUGUGGCUAUGGGAACCUUUACAGCCAGGGCUAUGGGACUAACACGGCAGCACUAAGCACUGCAUUGUUCAACAAUGGCUUGAGCUGUGGGGCAUGCUAUGAGAUCAGGUGUGUAAAUGACCCACAGUGGUGCCUCCCUGGCGCCAUUGUGGUCACAGCCACAAACUUUUGCCCACCAGGUGGCUGGUGUGAUCCUCCACAGCAACACUUUGAUCUCUCUCAGCCUGUCUUCCUGCGCAUUGCUCAAUACAGAGCUGGAGUUGUCCCUGUAUCAUACAGAAGGGUGAGAUGCAAGAGAAGAGGAGGCAUAAGGUUCACAGUGAAUGGCCAUUCGUACUUCAACUUAGUGCUUGUGACAAACGUUGGUGGUGCUGGAGAUGUGCGGUCUGUGGCCAUCAAGGGCUCUAGGACCCGGUGGCAACUAAUGUCAAGGAACUGGGGGCAAAACUGGCAGAGCAACUCAUACCUAAAUGGACAGAGCCUCUCUUUUCUUGUGACCACCAGUGAUGGCCGCAGAUUGGUUUCAUAUAACGUUGCCCCUCCUAAUUGGUCAUUUGGGCAGACAUAUACCGGGAGACAGUUUCUCUAUUAA